AAAUUCCUCCCCAAAAUGUCCUUUCCAAACAGCUCUCCUGCUGCAAAUACUUUUUUAGUAGAUUCUUUGAUCAGUGCCUGUAGAAGUGACAGUUUCUAUUCUAACAACGCCAGCAUGUACAUGCCACCUAGCUCAGACAUUGGGACAUAUGGGAUGCAAACCUGUGGACUGCUACCAUCUCUGGCAAAAAGAGAAGUCAAUCACCAAAAUAUGGGUAUGAAUGUACAUCCCUAUAUACCUCAAGUAGACAGUUGGACAGAUCCGAACAGGUCUUGCCGAAUAGAGCAACCUGUUACACAACAGAUCCCCACUUGUUCAUUCCCUACAAAUAUUAAGGAGGAAACCAAUUGCUGCAUGUAUUCUGAUAAGAGAUCAAAAGUCAUUUCUUCAGAAGUGCCAUCAUACCAGAGGCUGGUCUCUGAGAACUGUUCUGUUGAUAACUCUGAGGUUCCCGUCCCAGGAUAUUUUAGAUUGAGCCAGACUUACGCCAGUGGGAAACCCCAAGAGUACAAUAAUAACCAAGAAACCAGUUCAUCCUUAAUGUUACAGCUAAACCCCCGCGGCAGCUCCAAACCUCAGCUAUCUUCUACACUUCAGAUGGAUAAGAAAAUGAAUGAAAACCCGAGCAGCCAAGACUCUUCGAAAGUCCCUUCUGUGGAAAGUCCAGAGUCCAAGUCUGCCCUACAGGAGGACAGGAGUUGCCUGGGUGAGGUGUCUGUGUCCAGUCCAGAAGUACAAGACAAGGAAAGUAAAGAAGAAAUCAAGUCUGAUACUCCAACAAGCAAUUGGUUAACUGCAAAGAGUGGCAGGAAGAAGAGAUGUCCCUACACAAAACACCAGACAUUGGAGUUAGAGAAAGAAUUCUUGUUUAAUAUGUAUCUAACGCGAGAGCGCCGCCUAGAGAUCAGUAAGAGUGUGAAUCUCACUGACAGGCAGGUCAAGAUCUGGUUUCAAAAUCGCAGAAUGAAGCUAAAGAAGAUGAGCAGAGAGAACCGAAUUCGUGAACUGACCGCUAAUCUGACUUUUUCUUAA